GGAUAGUAGAAAUGUAUUUGAACUUCUUUAUUCAUUAAUGUGUGAGUUACAUGUACCUUUUAUUUACAUUUUGUGUUAUAAAAAGGGAGCUGAGAUUUGAAAUCUUGUGAUCAAUCUGCUAAAUUUGCUUUGUUGUUACAAUUUGGCUUUUCGCGGUUAUGAUUGUAUUUUAUUAGUCCUAUUUUAUGGUUACAAUAAGCAAUUUUUUUAUGAGUUUAACUUACCUGGCUUUCUCUUAACAGAUUUCCAAAGUAAUAUCUCUUGCCCUGACGAAUCGAUGUUUGCUUCAAAGCUUUUGGAUAUACUAGAUGCUCUGCCAUCCGAUGAAGAGCCUGGAGAACGCGUUGUCUUAGACACACCUGAAGAAAAGUCUGAAAUGAAGGAAGAUGAGAAAGGGAUGUUGAGUCACUCUGAUGGCCAUAAGAAAGAAGAUUCUUUCAGUUUUCCGACACUAGACUUCCUUGAUCCAAUUGUCGAUGCCAGCUCUAAGGAAACGUUAGCAGAUGACACGAAAGCUGCGGAUGAGGAAUCUGUUGUUUCUGAUGAUAUAGCUAGAAGAAAUGACACUGAAGUUAGAGCUUUGACGAGUUUAGAGAGUGAUGUGAAUGAAGUGUGUGAUGAUGCAAUUGAAUGUGAUAUGAAAGAUAGGGAUGCAAAAUGGAACACUCCAGAAUUUGAGUGUUCGAUAAUUCCUGAUUUGAUUGAUGAGAAAAAAGAUGAUUCUGUUGUUUCUGAUGCUCAAUUCACCUCAGGCUACAAGUUCUCUGAGAAUGAUGCGAAGCUAUAUAGCGAAAAACGUGCUAAGGAAUAUGAUUUGCCUGAAUUGGUUGUUUUCUAUAAAGAAGGUGACAAGAACAUUGCUAAAAACUUGUGUAGGGAUGAUUCAGGCGCGUAUGUUUCUAUACCAGACGACGAAGACCAGCAGAGCAACACUAGUACAGAAAGUGCUGAUACUGAAUUGUUGUCCUCUGCAGAUGGAUCUAAAUCAUCUGUAGAAUAUGAAAACGAAAAGACUGAGUUACUUGUUCCUAAUGAUCCGAUGCCUGGAUCACCUGAAGAGGUUUACAGGUAUGAGAAUGAUUCGGACGAUAAUUAUCUGGAGGAUCUGGUAAUGAUUUUUGGAUCAAAAGGUACUGCAAAGUGGAAACACAGUCCUAGUGCUAUUGCUAGUCCGAACGUGCUUGGUGUUGAGAGUUCUCAACAAUCUACACAGCCUGAUCAGAUUCCUUUUGAGGAAACAGCUUCGGAAAUUCAAAAUGCAGAAAUUGUGCCAGAUACCGAAUUGGCAACAGAAGCUACUGUUUCCGGCUUGAACUCAACUGAGCCAGCAUCAGCUAUCAACUUAGGCCAACGUGUCGAAAAUGUUGUUGAACCAAAAGAUGUGGAAAAUCAUGAACGUAGAUCAUUGGGAGAUUUCCUUGUUUAUAGUCAAGGUUAUUUAGCUGAUGGGGAGGCAAGUUUUUCUAGAUUAAGACGUGGAUCAGGUCCUGCUAUUGACGCGAGGCAUGUAUCAAGUUUUGGGAGACAUUCUAUUGGAUCAGAUAGCAGCACAGCUAGCAACGGAUCGUUUGCUUUCCCACUCUUGAAUCCGGGAUGGUACAGCAGUCCAGUUAGAAUGGUGCAGGAUGUAGAAACCACCCCUCAUGUUCGGAAACAGAGACGUUGGAAGCAGGGGCUACUCUGUUGCAAUUUCUAAUGUUAUUCAUUAGGCAGAUCUCUCUAGAUCAAUCGGUCAUCCUUUAUUACAACAUUAUACUAUAAACGCUUUUGUGAAACUGAUCUUUUUUGUUGCUGUUAUAUUAUAUGUUCGCUAGAGCAACCAAAAAGAUUACAGACAAACGAUCUUGUUAUAGAGACGUUUGACUGUUUUUCUUUUGUUAGGGUUGGUAGUUUGAAAACUAUAGACAUAGUCAUAUUUGUGGUCUUAAAAGCUGAACAUAUCAAAUGUGAAAC